UAAUCACUACCACUUGUGAAGGAACUUUCACCCUUUCCUCACUAAUCACUACUCUCAUUAUUAUUAUUCUCAAAUGGGACAAGAAUCAGAUUACAAAAGCCAACUGGUAUUGGAGAUUUGCUCAAUUUCCACACGUUCUGUUGUAUGUGUUCAUAGACUUGUCCCUAACAAAACUAAUAAUCCACCUUUCAUUGAUUGGUACUGCAUUCUUGGAGUGGCAGGAAAUGCAGAUGUAAAUACAAUCCGAAAGCAGUACCAUAAACUUGCCUUGCAACUUCAUCCAGAUAAGAAUAAGCAUCCCAAGGCUGAAAUUGCAUUCAAGCUUCUAUCUGAGGCAUAUGCAUGUUUAUCUGAUGCAGCAAAAAGAAAAGCUUUUAACUUGGAGCGAAGCAAGAGUUUAUGCAUUGAGUGCAACAGAAUCCCUAGCAAUUCAAACAAUAAUAAUGGAUCUUCUUCAAGUUUCAAAUCAUCAAGGAGUAGUAGCAUCAGCAGUAGUUCAAGAUCAUGUAAGCUUUGGCGAAACAUCAAUGACAUAAGAGAAAGAUUAAGGGAAGAAGCUAAGGUGAUAGAGAAAUGUUUGAGGGUAAAUAAUUCAGUGCCAACAAAGAAUUAUGAUGAUGAUUAUAUGCAUAGAAGUAGAGGGCCUAACAACAAUAAUAAUAAGCAUAGAGUUGAGAAAGAAACACCAGUUUUCAAUCCAUCAAAUUACUUGUACCAAGGGUACCCUCAUAGGAGAAAUCAUGUUAACAAGGAUUAUUCUGAGAAAUUUUGGUACUUGCAGCAAGAAACUAAUGCAGUGCAUAGUAAUAACUAUUCCAAGGGAGGAUCAGAUAAGCUUUCUUCACCAGUUUUUGAGGUUGAAACACAGAGGAGCAUGUUCAGUAGAAAAUUUGGUCCUAUCCCCUCACAAUGUUAGAUUUUUUUUCUUUUAUCUAUUUAGUUAUAUAAAGUAAUGUGGUUUGACAUGUUCUGGAUUUUUUUAAAGGACUAAUUGAACAUCAUUAUUUUAUCUCAUGUGAAGUUUAGUCUACUCAUUUUAUU